CGACUAUUACCUCUGGUGACAGAAAGCCCACGGCGGCAACGAUGAAGUGGAGAUGCGUAUGGUUGUGUUUCCUGGCUUUGUUCGUUGCAAGUGUCAUUGAUGUCCAAGCCAGACUGGUUGGCAACCAUGUCAGCAGCAUCUGUAGCACAUGGGGCAGAGAGCACUUCAAGACAUUUGAUGGAGAUGUGUACCAGUUCCCUGGUAUGUGUGAGUACAACCUGGCCUCUGACUGCCACGAGUCCUACCAGGAGUUCUCCGUGCACAUGAAGAGGAAAGACAAAGAUGGAAACCCUACAGUCAGUCAUGUGGUGGUCACCAUCAACGACCUUUUGUUUUAUCUCACCAAGAACAUGGUCACUGUAAAUAACAUCCCUGUCAAAAUGCCAUACUACAAUGCAGGUGUGCAAGUGGAACAAAAUGCUGUUUACAUCAAGCUCCAAUCUAAAGUCGGCAUCACUGUCAUGUGGAACGGUGACGAUGCAGUCAUGGUGGCUCUGGAUACUGAUUAUGCAAAUCGUACCUGUGGACUUUGUGGAGACUUCAAUGGUGUUUCUGUCCAGAAUGAGUUCAUUCAUAAAGGUCGCAAAAUCGGCCCCAUUGAGUUUGGCAACAAACACAAAGUCCAUCGUCCAAAUGAUGAUUGUGAGGACCCCUAUGAGGAGGAAGAUGAAUCACUGGAGGCUGUGCUGGAUUCAUGCACGGAGUUUCAAACCACCUGCAACCAGAUGCUGCGUUCAGAGCCCUGGAGCUCCUGCACCAAAGUGAUCAACCCUGAACCUUAUAUCCAGGCCUGUGUGCAGGACAUGUGUGGCUGCGCCAACAAAACGAAUGACUUCUGUGUCUGCAGCACACUGUCAGAGUUCUCUCGGCAGUGUUCUCAUGCGGGAGGGCAGCCUCCCAACUGGAGGACACCUCAGUUCUGUGCUAAACAGUGCCCGUUCAACAUGGUUUAUCAAGAGAGCGGUUCCCCUUGCAUGGAUACAUGCACACUUCUGGACACUGGUUCACUGUGUGAGGACCACAAAAUGGACGGUUGCUUCUGUCCUACUGGAACUGUAUUUGAUGAUAUUUCCAUGAGAGGGUGUAUUGCUCAAUCUGAAUGUCAGUGCAAACACAACAAAAUCUAUAACUCCGGUGAGGUCUACCGACAGGACAGAGAAGAAUGUACAUGUGUUGAGGGUAGGUGGGCUUGUGAGAGCCUUCAAACACCUGCUACAUGUGCAGUUGAAGAGGGUUCACAUGUAACUACCUUUGAUGGAAAAACCUUCACCUUCCAUGGAGACUGUUACUACACCCUAGCCAAAGUGGAAAGCAAGGAUCAUGCAAGUCCAAAGUUUACAAUCCUGGUUCAGUUGGUGCCGUGUGCAAAUCAAGAGUUUGACACUUGUCUAAAGAGCCUUAAAAUCCUGCUGAACAAUGACAGAAACAAUGUAUUAAUGUUCACUUCCGAUGGCAAAGUGAAGCAGAACAUGCAGACCAUCAGUUUGCCAUACCACUCAGGUGAUAUCAACAUAUUUCACGCUUCAUCCUUUCACAUCUUGCUCCAGACCAGUUUUGGUUUGCAAAUUCAGAUCCAGCAUGUGCCAGUCAUGCAAGUCUAUGUCAGCCUGGAACAAAGCUACAGAGCUAAGACACGUGGCUUAUGUGGGAACUACAACAUGGUCCUGUCAGAUGACAUGAAGACUCCUCAGGGGAUGGUGGAGGGAACAGCAGCAACCUUCAGUAACUCAUGGAAGGCUAACCUAAUGUGCCCAGACAGAGAGGAAAGACUUGAGGACCCCUGUUCCCUUAGUGUGGAAAAUGAAUGGUACGCUAAACACUGGUGCGCUUUGCUGCUGAGUCCAGACAGUACUUUUGCACAAUGCCAUUCAGUGGUAGAUCCUGAGAUGUACUACAAGAGAUGUACGUAUGCCAGUUGUAACUGUGAGAAGAGUCAGGACUGCCUGUGUGCCGUCUUCUCCUCCUAUGUUCGGGCUUGUGCAUCAAAGGGAGAGAUCUUGACAGACUGGAGAGAGAAUGUGUGCGAUAAAUACACAAAAAGCUGCCCAGCAUCUCAGAUCUUCUCUUACAAGCAUCAGAGAUGCCAGUUGACUUGCAAAUCACUGGGCACAGUACAGCCAAGUUGCACUUCUGACUUCUUGCCUGUGGAUGGCUGCUCCUGCUCCGAGGGUCUCUACCUAAAUGAAAACGGAAUCUGUGUCCCCAUGGAAAAAUGUCCUUGCUACCAUAACGAAGUCUACAUUAAGUCAGGAAAGUCUAUCAACAUCAAAGACGAGCACUGUGUAUGUACCAAUGGAAUGCUUCAUUGCCAUUCUUGGAGAGUGCGCUCAUCAACAUGCCAUUUUCCAAAAGUGUUUUUCAACUGCUCCGCUGCAAGCACCGGAGCGCUAGGACUGCACUGUACUCGAACUUGUUUAAAUCUGGACAGCAAUGAUUGUGAGUCCACAGAGUGUGAAUCUGGCUGUCGGUGUCCAGCUGGCCUACUAGAAGAUGGCAAAGGUUCCUGUGUGAAAGAAAACGAAUGUCCUUGUCAGCAUGAUGGGCAUAUGUAUGCCCCUGGAUCACAAAUCCCUGACCAAUGCAACAUCUGUACCUGCAAAAGUGGAAGCUGGGAGUGCAGUAAGAAUAAAUGCCUACAGACUUGCAUUAUUUAUGGUAGUGGUCACUACAAUACAUUCGAUCAGCGAACAUAUGGCUUUCAAGGACAUUGUUCCUAUGUUGCUGUUAAGGACAAAUGUGGCAAUAAAACAGUACAGGACAAUUUUGGAGUAAUCACAGAAAAUGUACCAUGUGGAACUACAGGCACCACAUGCUCCAAAACUGUUAGAAUCCAGCUUGGGCGAAUGGAAAUCAAAUUAUCAAAGGGUAAUUAUGACGAGGUGGACCUGGGACAUGGUGCUGAGAUUCAGUACAGAAUAAGGAAGGUUGGCUUGUAUGUGGUGGUAGAAUCUGCCAUUGGUCUGACGGUGAUGUGGGAUGGCAAAACAACUGUUCGCAUCAUCCUGGAACCACAGCACAGCGGAGAGGUAUGCGGCCUGUGUGGAAAUUUUGAUGGUGAUGGACAGAAUGACUUCACCACUCAGGGUCAGCUGGUAGUGAGCAAUCCGUUAGAAUUUGCAAACAGCUGGAAAGUGUCAAGCGAGUGCCCAGAUGUGGAAAUUAAUGCUGACCCUUGUGGAGCAAGACCCAAUCGACUUCACUGGGCACAAAAGAUGUGCAGCAUUAUAAUUGGAAAAACAUUCAAAGAGUGCCACAAUAAGGUAGCCCCCCUUCCAUUUUAUGACAACUGUGUAAGAGACUCAUGUGCCUGUGACUCUGGAGGAGACUGCGAGUGUUUCUGCUCAGCAGUUGCAGCUUAUGCUCAAGCUUGUAAUGAGGCUUCUGUCUGUGUUGCAUGGAGAACUCCAGAAAUCUGUCCUGUCUUUUGUGAUUACUACAACAGCCCAGAUGAAUGCAAAUGGCACUACAACCCUUGCCACAAACCUUGCUACAAGACCUGUUUGAAUCCAGAAGAAAAAUGUAGCAAACCUUUACCCAACCUGGAAGGCUGUUACCCUGUAUGCCCUGAAGAUAAACCCAUAUUUGAUGAGGAGACCGGGAUGUGUGUGGAGGAAUGUUCAGGUUGCUUUUACAACAACACUAGAUACGAGGAAGAUGAAGUUAUUUACAAUGUAACUGACAAUUUGGGAAUGUGUUACUAUGCAAUUUGCAAGAAUUCAACAGUGAUACAUGAAAAUAAACCUUGCUCUAGUACAACUGUCCCAACAACUAUUGCCACCACUACACCCGUAACAACACCAACUGAACCUACUACUACAACAACUGAAGAGCCAACUACAACCAUAAAAUCUACAACCCUACCAACUGAACCUACUACUACUACAACCAAAGAGCCAACCACAACCACAAGAUCUACAACCCCACCAACUGAACCUACUACUACCACAACCAAGACGCCAACCACAACCCCAAUCUACCCCACCCCCAACUGA